AUAAGCGCCACCAAGGCAGUGCAGACAGGCUCACCCACUCGGUCCGACACAUAUUAAGUGGAAGCACAUUAGCAGUUUGGCGCGAAUGUCGCUUCUGCACUGCUUCCUGAAGCCGUCGAGGAUGAGCCUGCAGCGGUGCGUCGCCGGCGACGACAUGACGGCGGACGAGUUCAAGGAGUGGAUCCGGCGGUUCGACGCGGACCGGGACGGGCGCAUCAGCCGCGACGAGCUGCGGCGCGCCAUGCGGGCGCUGCGCGUGCGGUUCACGCGGCGGAGGAGCAGGAGCGGCAUCACCUACGCCGACGCCGACGGCGACGGGUACAUCGACGACAGCGAGAUCGACGGCCUCGUCGAGUUCGCGCGCACCAGCCUCGGCCUCCGGAUCGUCGCCUGCUAGAAACGGAGCAGAUCGGCUCCUCCAGUCCGGUCCAGUAGCUACGUGCUCGACCUACGUGAUGGCGCGCACGAGAUGGCCGUUGUAGCUAGAAUAAGGCCGUCUCAGAUGCGGAAAGUGAACCUUAUUUCUGUCUUCUUUUCUUUUUCUCUCUAGCUGCAGCCCGUGCACGGAAAUAAUAGAAGGUGCAGGCCUGGCUUAGCGCAAGUAAGGAGUAGUGCUGUAGUACUCGCUUUAUGCAGUCGCAUGCAUGGAAUAAUAUGUGUAUGUUUGAUCUAA